CGCGCGCCAGGGCGGGGCUCAUUCAAGGCUCAUUGUCGGCCUCCUAUGGUACCUCGCUCGCGUAUCCGGUGGUCGGUCACACACAGUCGGCAACACGGGCAUUCCGUUUCCAGGAUACAAUGUGUGCAGUCGUGGGUCCGCGUGUGCAGUCGUCUGGAUUGGGGAGCCCCCUCGCCGCUAUGCCCCCCAUCAGCAUACGCAUAUCCAGCAUACUCGUCUGCGACGAAAAGCCUCUCUCUACAGCCAGCGCACUCGUCUCUCUGCGUCACACUUGAUCAUCCUCCCUUCGUUGACGAAGAUGUCCUGCACCACGGCUUCCUUCAACUUCUUCCCCGCCGCACCCGCCGCGCCUCAUGCCUUCAACCUCUUCAUCUCCUCGCAAUCCCCUCGCGACACCUACGCGACGUACGACGACCUCUGGCAGGUCCUUCGUCCCUCGAACUCCGAUGGCAGGAAGCGAGCCUGCAGCGAGCCGUCGAAGGCUACUACGGGCUUGAAGAAGCUGUUUGGCAUGUAAACGCCUCAACUCGAGUCACGGCAGCACCUCGCUGUCCGUCGCACCCCAUAUCCCCGUAUGCUCGUAUGCCGCAUAUUCGCAUUCGCUACGCCGACCUCCAGGGCGUGGACUACUCGGCCGCCGGCUGUCCUUCGGACGUCGCCCGCCUCAUACCGGUGCAGCCAAAUCGCAAGCGCGAACAUCGACCGCACUCAGCGCUGGACGACUCGAUGUCAUCAUGCACACACAUUCCUGCAAGCUCAUAGCGUCGCCCUCCGGGAUCCCCCCCUCCUCGUCUAGGGCCCCGCUUGACACCUACGCCCGUCGUCUGGAAGAGUCGUCGCCCGGAAACCCCUGUCAUGGUUGGAGCUGAUUACUGGGAGUUGUAGAACUGGGAGGGUAUCACCAUUGGACUCCGUACUCAUCGACUCGGACCUUAGUAGGAGGAUCCUCUAUCAUGUAGUGCGCAAUUGGAGUUGUCACCAUAUUCCAUUCGCUGCGUUACCAGCGGAAUCAUAUCCAGUCAUUCGACCAUCGCAUAUGUGUUGCACUGGGAGAUAUAAACAGAAUACAUAGUGUAGCAGUAACUGAGAGUAGCAGAGUCGAAGUGGUAGUGAAACUUGCCAUGUUUGGCAUGCCAUCUCCGCGCCGUCUGUGUGAAAGCGCGCGGCGGGCACGUGGGGUCUGUUCCCCGAGGCGCUA